GGAGCUCACCCCGCUUUCUCCAAGCCCACGUCUCCCCCAGCCCCAUUCCGUGCACCUGCCCCUUCCCAGGCUCUGGGAAGUCAAUGGCAACGAGCCAUCGCCUUACAACACCUCCGAGCCUCCUGCCUCAAUUACCGCCACAGCUAAUUGCUUCGUUAGCGUCACCUGGCGCGCAGCCAGCCUGCUCCCCCUCUCACCACAGACCUCCCCGGGUCCCCAGGGCAGGUGCCUUGCAGCUGCACCUGGUGCGAGGCCACGCAUGUGAUCCGUGCGUCUGUCCGUGCAAAACGUCUGUGCGCACAGCCUGGAAAGGUCACUGCGCAGGAAAGGUGUCAGCAGCCAAGGAACGGGCUGGAAAUGGAAAGUGUGAGCCAGAAGAGAGGAGGCAGCCAGAAAGUGCUCAGCUCCAGCCCUUCUGUCGUGGCCGUUUCCCUCCGCACAGCGCGGGGCUUGUCACCAGCGCCUGGCCCCGGAGAAAAAAAAGGAGACGGGAGCACAAAGAGGAAUGGGGUGCCAGGAGGAGCCGCGCUGGGGCAGCGCUCAGCUUCAAGGCGGCAGAGGGAAGCAGAGGAAGCGGCGGCAGAAGGGAAGAGUCCGGCCUUUGUCUGCGCGCGGUGUCUGGCUCCACAAUGUCCCCAUUCACGUGGCCGCGCUCCGUGUGGGCGGGCGCGCUUCACGGCUGCUCUCUGCUCUCUUGCAGGGCUGUGGAGGCCAGCACCCUUCAGCAGGAGAGGCUGCAGGCCAUCGCGGAGAAGCGAAAACGCCAGACGGAGAUCGAGAACAAGAGGCGGCAGCUGGAGGAUGACCGGCGGCAGCUGCAGCAUCUCAAGUCCAAGGCGCUGCGGGAGAGAUGGCUGCUGGAGGGGGCCCCGUCCUCUGCCUCUGAGGAGGACGAGGCGAUGAAGAAGCAGAUGCAGGAGGACGAGGUGAAGACCAAGGAGCUGGAGGAAACCAUCCAGAGGCUGGAGAGGGAGCUGGAGUCACUGGAGAACAGCAGCUCUGCCACAUCCACCAAGGAGAACCUGGCCGAGGUGGCGGCACCCAUGAAGGAUGAGAAGGCAGAGAACGUCCCCAGCGUGCAGAAGAGUCCCCUGGGCACGGCCGUAGCUGAGAAGAAGGUCUCCGGCAGCCCCAUGAAGGCGGUGCAAGGCACUGACAUGAUGAAGGCAGCCAUGUACUCAGUGGAGAUCACGGUGGAGAAGGACAGAGUGACUGGGGAGACCAAGGUCCUGUCCAGCACCACGCUUCUCCCCCAGAACCACUGUGUGCAAGGGAUCAAAGUGUACGAGGAUGAGCUAAAAGGGCAGCGUCCCGUGCCACAUCCCACGUGGCGUGGAGCCAUCCGCUGGUGUGCACCAUCCCCGGGGCAGCACAUCAGUCCGUGCUGCUGGAGAGUGGAGGAUCCACUGCAAUCGAAGAGCCAGGAGUGCAUCCCAGCGGCGAGGGAAUGGGCCUCAGCACUGUGUUAUCCCACUGUCACAGGCACUUUCAUCUGGGGAAGGGGGCAGGGCUGUGCGGUUGGGGCACCCCGUGGCCCCACAGUGCCCAGGUUGGCAGCAGGGAACCUGUCCCCAGGGUGAGGAGAAGGCGCAGCUUUAGGGGAGAAAGCACAGCUUUAGGGAGCAGUGCCUGCUCGGAUGGGGCUGGUGGAAGCAAGGGGCAGCUGUGUCAGCAGCGAGGACCGACGACAGAGAGGAGGAAGCACAAACCCUGGGAUCCAUGGACUGAGCACGUCCCCAGGCGAGUGGCAGAGCACCACAGCCAGUCCUGCUCCACUGCGCCCUCCCUGGGGAGGGAGGGACCUUCGUCACCUCCGUCAUCUUCAUCACCUUCAUCACCUGCAUCGGCGCAGUGAGACCCCGCACUGCCUGGGGGCUCAGCACCCCCCAGUCCCAGGGAUCUAUGAAGGAUGCAAUUCGGCAGCGAGCAGCCUAGGAGGGCAGUCCCGGCCGUGCCAGAUCCACCUGGUUAUUAUCUACUGCUCCACUGAGUGGGUUCUGUGGCUACUGCACUGCUCAGCACACGAUGCUCCAGGUCAAGUGGAAAACGUGAUGGGCUGGGUGCAUCCCUCACCAUGGCAAGCACCCGGCAGCGCAGGACCCGUUCCCUCCAUGGUCACAGGGAUGCUGGGCACCGUGGGCACUGGUGCUGGGUGCUCAGCUGGGGUUGGCAGUGGUGGUGGU